AUGUUAAAGUGGAUUCAAGGUGGUAUUUCUGCAGUUACUGGUAUCGCUGAACCAGAGUAUGGUAAAGAUUAUAUUCAAACUUCAACAGAAAGAGUUGAAAAUGAAAAAAAACAACCAUUUAGAGAAUUGGCUAGAGAUGAAUUAGACUGGUUAAAACCUGAUCAUACCAAUGUAGAAACUGUUACUUUUUAUUUCAGUAAUUUAGAAACCGGUAUUUUAGGUUUCGCCCAAGUUAUUCAUUCAAAUAUUGUAGGUUUACACACUCAGGCUCAAUUUACAUUUAGAAUUUAUAACAGUCAUCAACCUGGUGAUCUAAAUGUUUGGACUUCGACAAAAUUAGAAAACUUUAGAAUCGAAGGUCCUAACUUUUAUGCUGAUGAUCUAUCUGUUGAAUUAAAUGAAGAAGGUACUUCUUACGUUAUCAAAUCCAAUGUUAAUGAAAUUUCCAUUGUUGAUUUAACAGUUACAAGAUUGACAAAAGGUGUUAAAGUAGGCGAUGAUCCUGUUACUUAUUUUGGUGAUAAUAUUGAAGAACCUUGGGGUACUAUGAGACAUGUUUUUUGGCCAAGAAACAAAGUGACUGGUAUCAUCAAAGUCAAGAAAGAAAAAUCUAAGGAAUCUGGAGAUGAAGAAAGUACCAAUGAGGGAGUAUCAGAAGAUAAUGAGGAUGAAGGAGAGGAGAGCGGUGAAGAUGAUGAUGAUGAAGACGAUGAUGAAGAAAGCGAGGAAGAAAGUAGUGAUGAUGAUGAUGAUGAUGAAAGCGAAGAGGAACCAAUCGAAUACGAAGAAGUUGAGAUUGUUUUUACUGAGAAAGACCCAGUAUAUUCUCUAUUCAUAAUGGCAUUCCAAGGUAUGAAACCUCAUCAUGCAGCAAAGGCCUGGAAUUUCUUAAAUUUUCAUUCAGAAGAAAAUUCUGCUGUUUUGAUUGAAUUCAUUACACCAAAAUCAUAUGCCAACACUAAGGUUUCCAUUGGUAUAGUGACCAGCAAAGAUGAUAUUUUAUCUGUAACAGUAAAUAAUGACUUCAAGCAUCUAAAUGCUGAGGUUGAUUCGAUUGGCUGGAAAGUUCCAAAAAAUCUAUGCAUCGAAUUUAACGGUGUUGCAUCAACAGUCACAGAUGAAGAGAUUGAAAAUGAAGAAGUUAAAGACGAACAUAAAGUCAAUGUUGUUGUUGAAACGCCAUUGAAGAAGUUAGUUGAACGUGUUGAUGUUAUGAAUGAAAUUCCACAAUUUGUUAAAAAUAUUGUGUCUGGUAUUGCAGGUACAAAGCCUUAUAUUUACCAAUUUGCUGAUGAUGAAGAAUUCACAAUACAAUUGAAUGGAGGUGAGAAACAAAGAGGUUUGGGUUGGACUGAAGUUACCUUCAUUUCUGAAUCUGACGUUAUAACCGAAGAAUCUUACAAUGAAGAAUAA